AUGGAGAGGGGAUAUAUUUCUCACCAAGCCCAAGCUGAAGUGCCAGCAGAUACCUCUUCUCACCUUCUGUCACCCUUUCAGAUGGGCCCGCUCUUCAAACUUUCCCAUCGAGUUGUGUUGGCUCCUAUGACUCGUUGCCGGGCAAUAAACAGCAUUCCUCAACCUUGUCACGUGAACUUCUAUUCUCAGAGGACCACCAAAGGAGGCCUUUUGAUCACAGAAGCAAACGCAGUCUCACCCCAAGCUAUUGGGUUUCCACAUUCGCCGGGUAUUUUCAGUGAGGAGCAAGUGAAGGCGUGGAAAGAUGUGGUGGAUGCGGUUCAUGCCAAGGGCGGCAUCAUUUUCUGCCAGCUCUGGCAUGUCGGCAGGGCUUCGCACACAGUUUAUCAGCCCAAUGGAGAAGCUCCCGUAUCGUCCACAGGCAAGGCGAUAUCUGAGGAAUGGAGCGUCUUGAUGCCGGGUGGCUCCAAGGCUGCUUUCUCCCCACCGCGCGCCCUUUCCACGUCCGAAAUCAGUGGUGUUGUUGAAGAGUUUGGUAAGGCAGCGAGGAACGCCAUGCGCGCAGGAUUUGAUGGCGUGGAAAUACACGCGGCACACGGUUACCUGAUCGACCAGUUUCUCAAGGACGGCAUUAACGACAGGGUGGACGAGUACGGCGGGUCCUUGGAGAAGAGAUGUCGGUUUGUCAUGGAGGUGGUGGAGAGAGUGGUGAGGGAGAUUGGUGCCGAGCGUACCGCCAUAAGAAUAUCGCCCAUCAUAGACCACAUGGGGACUACUGAUUCCGAUCCGCUUUCUCUCGCCUCUCACUUGAUUGGUCUGCUGAAUUCUUAUGCUCUUGCUUACCUCCAUGUGACUGAGCCCCGAUUCACUAAGGAAGGCCUCAGAGACGAGGGUGCGGCAGAGGGCGAGAGCUCGACUGCGGCCAUGUGGAAGAUGGUGAAGGAUGAGUAUGGAGGGAGGGUUAUGAGGAGCGGUGGAUAUAAGAGAGAGAGUGCCAUGAAGGCGGUCUCCAGUGGCAGCGCAGAUUUGAUAUCAUUCGGUAGGCUUUUCAUUUCGAAUCCUGAUCUGCCACUGAGAUUCGCUAUUGAAGCGAAGCUCACCAAGUAUGACCGCUCUACUUUCUACACUCAGGACCAGGUCGUGGGUUACACUGAUUACCCCUUUUACGUCCGUGAAGAUCUUGAGGAGUAG